AUGCGCCGUCGUAACCUGGGAGGAAUGGCGUGUUUGACGCUUUGGCUCCCUCACCGGGAAUCCAACCCGCAUCUCGGCUACCGAAACCGCAGAGUAUUCAUCUGUGGAUGGGCGCAGGCGGUGUUGGGCGCCGCGGCGUUGGCGAACGCAUUUGCCGCUGCGGUCACUCAAGCCGUGAAGCCGAAUCAUGUGACUGAACACCUGAAUAUCCACUGGAUGACCAGCGUCUACCUGCUGACCGCCUGCUUAACCGUAAUGGCUGAAAGCUUCCAGCACAACGCGUUACUAGCAUCGCUGAACUGGUGUGCAAAUAUAACGGCGCUGAUUAUCGCGACCGGCAAACUCUUAACCGACUGUGUGGACAUUGACGUCGUAGUGACCACCAAUUGGUCUUCGCUGUUAAGCAGUUGGAAAUUACUGAUCAGUUUCACCUCCGUAGAUAUGGUCAUUGCCGUUGGUAUCAUCGUCGUCAGCCUCACGAUCCUUCGAGAAACGUACAUCACGCCCAAUGACAAAGGUAACCUUGCGGUCAUUCAGUCCCAAAGUCGGCGUUGUCGAAUAUUUGGUGCCAUCGCAGCUAUCACAGCCGCAAUCACCGCUGGACUUAGGAUAGCGCUGUGGGGAAGAGAGUAUAAAUGGGUGAGGAACGUCAUCCCUGCGGCCAGACACCUGUUCUUGAACUCUGUGGCAGACGAGCCAGUGUGGGGCUUGCUGUGUUUGAUGGCAGCGACACUAAACCUCUUCGCCAGCCUCGGCAAUAGCAGGCUCCUAAGCAGACGAAGCUUUGCCUUGACCGCAAUCACUCUACAUCCAGUCAUUGAGUACCUGUCGAUCGAUUAUCGAUGGCUAUUGCUGACCACGCGACUAGCCGACCCGGAUCCUUCAGACUUCUGCAAAACAACGACCCUGCUCGCCUACAGCGUCAUCGCCGAAGCCUUGCAACUCGCUGCUGCAACCACAACACUUUCGACAUGGAUAAAACGCUUUUCCGACGGAGAUGGCAACAAAUGGGUUCGACAGAGUGAUGUCGCCAGUAAAGAACUGAAAAUCGGCAUAUUCAUGCUAGGAGGCGGUCUCCUAAUCACUGGUCUGGCUCUACUGGCGGUCGACCUCCGCGGCCCACGCCAACGAAUCUUCUUACACCGCUUUCUACCUAUUACCGUAGGCCAUCUACAACUGCCAUUGUCACUCACCGUAACCGGCAUCACAGUUAGCACCGCCUUCAGUGGUAGAUUGUCGAUGCAUGCCUGCUACAGCAUACCGACAGCCUUGGCGUUUACUGUACGUUGUCUUCAUUCAGCGUUAUACGAAGUUGUAGCCUAUAUGUGUAACGCCUUUGGUAAUCAGUCAAGUUCCAGGCAUCUUUGUCAGCUACUCAUUGCCAACAACCUCAAGAAAACCGCUUGCAUACAGGAGGCUGCCGACGACACUGAAUAUAAGAUUCGUUUUGCGGAAGUACUUUUAGCAUCGUUCUCACUUCUACUAUCCUGCUGCAGUACGUUCGCUUUGAGCCGGAUGGUCUGUCUGUUUCGUCCUCGACCAGAAGUGGACAGUUGUGAUGAUGCCAGCAAUGAAAAGGACGUGACGAAAAGAAAAACCACCUGUAGUUACUUACUGAAAGUCGUUUGUUAUUGCCAGGUAGCAGUCGCAGUUUGUGGGCACACAAUCUGCUUGCUGACCGAACAGAAAGGCGCAACGCUUCAGCCUCUUUCGUCAGGGCUACAAACGACACCAGACCUCAUCGCCAGCAGUAUCUCUUCCCUAGUACCAUCACUGGUUCAGCUGGCGCUGACACACGACCUUGAUGAACGCCCAGUGAAACAGCUGGCCGUCAUCGCCAUUGCCGUCGAACAUGUGACGUGCAUAACUGCGAACCUUGGCCUAAGGGACCGAAGAUACGUAGCAUCCACUCGGAUUGUGGUGACUACAGUUCAGCUGACGGCCCUUCUUCUACAGUUCUCAACCAUAUGCAUCUCAGCAGCAUAUUCUGACUUCAAAUGGACCGGUUCUUCUACCUUAAACAUAAACAGUUUCGAAUAUGUCAAACUUAAGGAAUGCGCUACGGACAAGACGCCAAAGGCAGAAUUAUGA